GUCAGUCCCGCGAGAAAGCUGCGCUCCACCUGAUAACCAAUGUAUUGUUGAGAAAUUACAGUAAGCAAGCUCUACCCAUGGUUAGCUUCAAAGAGCCAGUCAAAGUGACCAUUCAGCUCAUACUGCGCAGACUGGUUGAAGUGGUAUGUGCCUGCAUUUCUUGGGCAAAAAGACAUUGCAGUAUAGAGCAAGGCAUGACAUCGCUGACGGCAGGCGGCAGAUUAGGGCAGUUUGUAUAAUCCUAACGUAAUAGGGUAAAAUGGUGUGAAGUACUUAGCUGACAUUAGAUUGGAGUAAAUUAGAUAUUAGUAAAAUAGAUUAUAUGUUACUUCGUUUUAAUAAUGUAGUAAAAUGGUCUGUAAUUGAACUACAGAAUAGCAAUGUUACAUUAGAUUGGAAUUUAUGGAAUGAAGACUAAAUGAAGAAUAUUCAUUAAUACGUCAGCUAGUGGAAUAGAUAAGACCAUGGUGGAAAAUAGUAAAAUGGAUUUCAGGCAAGAAUAAGCAGGGAAUACAAAGCAAAUGAACAUAUUUAACGCAGGCAUAUAGUUGAGGGACACACAGUUACAGAUAAGACGAUUACAUUCGACCACAAUGAAGAAGAUUAGGGCAGAUUAGGUUGUAGACAAAUUGAAGUGGACAGAUUAUUGAAAAGAAAGGAUAAAGUUAAUUAGAUUAAAAUGCGGUGACUUGAUGUAGAAUAUAUUAGAUAUUUAGUGGAAUAUUUGGCGACCUUAGUGAAUUAGUCAAUGUAGAGAUAGGAAAAUGAAACAUAUAUUGGAUUAAUUAAAGAACGAUCCCAAGAACUAGAGACAAAACUGUAUGACAGAAACGAAAUGGACAACUUGCAUGUUAGACUAUAAAUUUUAAUCUAUGUAAAGAGAGGGAAUCAAACACCAUGACGCUAAAAAGAACAUAAUGAAAUUAGUAAAAUUGCAAAAUUUGGUUACGAAAUGUUGUAAAGCUUGGAAAAUAUAGCCUUGCAAAGUUUGCAAAUUUUGUAUAUGUUUGUAUUACGUGCGGGAAUUGUUGCAUUUUCGGCUCAAAAUUGGUAACACGUAAUACAAACAUAUACAAAAUAUGCAAACUUUGCAAGGCUAUAUUUUCCGUAUUUUACAACAUUUCGUAACCAAAUUUUACAAUUUUACAAAUUUUAAUAAGUUCUUUACGGGAAUUUACUUUUUUGCCUAGAUCAUCAAAAAUUAGUCUGACGUGCAAGUUGUCUAUUGCCCGCUCUCAUUUGUCUCAUCUGAAUGAGGCAUAAGAAUAGUAUAGAAGAGUUAAAAGAUUAGACUAAACUGCAUGGUUUCAAUGAAGAAUUGUGUUCACAUAUAAGUCAGAUAUUUUUUGGUAGAAUACACUUUGCAAGCCAAGGAGCAUUCUGUCAUAGUUUAUUAUCAGCUGUAAUUAUUUUUUUUGUUUAGAAUGAAAAGAGCCAAUAUGUAACAAUAUAUUCUGGAGUAAUGAUAAAAUGGAACAAUCCAAUACUUCGAUGGGAUCCAAAACAACACGUGGACAUUGAUCAUGUCCAUCUUCAACAUGAUCGUGUCUGGGUUCCUGAUAUAACAUUGUAUAACACGUGAGUAUAUAGUCAGGGCCGCCAAGAGGGGGGGGCAAAGGGGGCAAUUUGCCCCGGGCCCCCAGCUAAAAGGGCCCCCAAAUAAGUAUAAAGUAAAAUAUGCAUAGAAACCACAGUUAAAUAUUCUUCCAGAAUGCAGGAAUUGCUAUUCUAGGGACUCUAGAUUUCAAAAUUUUCCUGGGGGAGAAUCUCCCUGGGACCCCCCUGAACUAUUUAAGUGCAUUGUAAAUGUUAUAAGUACGCAUUGAAAAUGUUAUAUAAACAUUCAAAACCGAUGGAAAUAAUCAGGCCUAAAAGUUCACGAAUAUGGAAAUCAAUCUCUAAAAGAGCACACAACUUCAAGAAUAUUUGACGAUAGACAAUCACUAGGGCCCCAAAUAUUAAAUUUGGCAAAUUUCUCUGUGCGGUCCUGAGUAUAGUUAUGGCAACAUAAUGAAAAGACUGAAGAGCAGAGGUGGAAAAUGUUUUUCUCUGGGAAACCGGAAACUGGGUUUAGGGCUCAAAAUUUUCUGCGAAAGAUUACAAUAUAAUAUUAAAGGGAACUGUCUUUUUUACCUUACAUGGAAUAUAUUCUUCACAAUGUGUUGUCGACUUGCUGUAUGAAACAAUAUGUCUUUGAGACUGAUAAAGCAUACAAGUCAGUCAAGAUAAAUCCUAAAGUAUAGUCAUACUAGUUACAUAGUUACAGUCUUAAAGGAUAAGAGACAAAUUUCCUACUGCAGGCCAUUUGAGGGAACUCUUCCACUGUAAUUUAGGCAUUCAGUUAGUACAUUCAAUUGGUAUUCAAUCAUUUCAAUAAUCAGGUAUUUAGUAAUUUUGAUAUCCAUUCAGUGUAAUUUUCAGAAUUAGCUAUCAAACAGAAAAUCUGAAAAUUUCUGCAAAAAUGUAGAUCGUCCAAAAUUUCUGGGAAUUAGGUUCCCAGAUUCUGAUAUUUUUCACCUGCGCUGGAGAGCUCCGUUGGUUCUAAGAAAUGUUACUACCUAAGGAAACUUUAACUAAACUAACUCCACUUGUAUUGGAUAUCUCUGUCAGUUGGUUGGCGGGGACAUUCCGUAGUCUCCGAGGGCCCUCUAGAUUUGACUUUAGCAUUUUUGAAAAAUCAGUAGAAACAACGGCUAUUUCCAUUUCAGUCUAGACGAUGCUGGCAAUUUGGCCGCAAAGAUCGACACUGCUGUUAAAAUAGACUCCAAUGGUAACUCAACAUGGCUGGCGCCGAUACAGUUAAAGAGCGAAUGCAAAAUUGACGUGAACUACUUUCCAUUCGACCAUCAAGUAUGCGACCUACGCUUCGGCUCGUGGACCUACGACGGACGUUACGUAGACAUUUCCCCUUUGACCGAGCAACUGAAUUUCUCCCAGUUAGUUGAAAACCCAGCUUGGGAUAUUAUGGAGGUUUUAGUGAUGAAAAACAUCGGCUACUACCCAGAACCUUACCCGUAUGUUAUAUAUCGAUUUGUUAUGAAAAGACGGAUUCUGUAUUAUCUUACAAACUUGGUUAUUCCUUGUGUCAUGAUUUCAUUUCUGGCAUUCCUGUCGUUUUGUUUACCCGUGCGAAGCGGCGAACGAAUUGCGUUGGUCAUCACCAUGUUACUGUCAAUGACAGUCUACAUGAUGCUCAUCUUCAACUUUAUGCCUCCAACCUCUGAAGUUAUACCGCUGGUCAGUAAGUUUUAUUUGGCAUGCAUCAUUGAGAUCGCUCUGUGCCUUGUCGCUACAUUCCUUACGAUAAAAUGGUACUACAACGAAACACCAUUGCCGACAUGGAUUGAUUUUUUUGUAAACAAAUUCCUUGCAAGUAUUUUGCUGUUUAAACAGUGCAAAUGUACAAGGGGUAAAGGAUACUUGAAGUGCAAAACGGGGAAGAACGGCCACGGGGCGUUGAAGGAAAACGACAUCAUCUCGGACGGAGGAAUGGAACUAGAAAAUAUAGCUGGGUACCCACAAGGAAAUCCUAUGUUUACCAAAAGUGCAAAAAGAUCGCUGGCUAUUAUUUCGAAUAAGAUUAAACAAGAUGAAGAAAUGAAUGCUUUGCGUCAGAAGUGGGAGUAUGCAUCCAAAGUCGUGGAUCGUCUUUUCUUUCUGUUAUUUCUUGCCUUAUUCCUGAUGACUGUUGUGCUUAUAUUAUGGACUGCAGCUGAUUCUAAAGACGAAGCCUAUAGGAAAACCUUGCUUAAAUCUCUAUAAUUUAUAUUGGCUACUAAUAGCUAAAUGGAGAAAUUAUUGGACCACUUAUUUAACCCAGGCUAAAUACUUUCUUAUCAUAGUUCAUUGAAUACUACAAUAGAAGGUUGGGAACUCGAUGAAUUAAGAGUCUAGAUCAAGGCUUGAAAACUAAAUCGCUGUCAUUUAUGUUGUCUGCUUGUAGAUUGAAGGAGAAAUUAUUGGACCAGUUAUUUAACUUGUUACAGGCUAAAUACUCUGUAUCUAUAAGCAUAUAGGUGUUGAUAGAGUACAACUGUUUGAAAAUCGAUGAAGGUACAUCAUGGAUCUAUGAUAAGGCUCGAAAACUUUGCUUAAAUCAAUGUAAUUUAUUUUGGUUUAUUUAUUUUAAUUUAAACAGACAAAGUAUUUGACAUUUUGGUUCUUGUAGUUGAGCAAUGUAGCACCACUGCAUCUGAUAAAGAUUCAGGCUUGUGGAUCGACAGCUUUGCAAUAUAACUAUACGUGAUGUUUUCCACAAAACAAAUUAGAUAGCUUAAGAUCUACGACGUCGACGUCAGCUAGGACGUCAGGGCUAAGCAGAGGACUGGCACUAGGACGUCGUCCUAAAUAAGUCGAUAGCUCAAGUAUCUACGACGUGAAAUAUUUAGGGCGGCAAGUGGAAGUAAAUUGG